CUGCCGACAAAGCCGGGUAAGCUCACCUUUCCUGGGCUGACGUGUACAUCGUAAGACGGGUAGCUGAGAAGCACCCUGCUUGCAGAAUUUCUCCUCAAACCGCAACACCACAUAGGACAGACAUGAAGACUUUACCUGUCCUUAUUGCAACGGCAGGUCUUCUGUUGGUCCUUAGCAUCUCCACGGUCAGGUGUGUUCCACCUGAGAUGUCGACAGAUAUGUACUGCCUUGGCUGCAAAGCAACUGUGAAAGAACUGAUAAAGGUGUUUGAGUCUGAGGACAACAAACACAAGUCCCACUCGGCCAAAGUAUCCAAGGCCAUGGCGACCACCUGCAAACACGACAACUUCAAACGGCUCAAGUACGUCCCUGGGAAGUACGUGGAGGCUUGUCUGCAACUGCUGGAGACCUACGCCAGCACGGUGGAGAGCCUGCUGAUGAACACGGACCACUCCAACCUGGAGCAGGAGCUGUGCCACGACCUGUCAGACGCCUGUCAUGGCGCUCCUGAUCACAAACAUGAUCCUACGAAACCAGAGAUCGUCGUUGAUGAUAACGGAAACGUCAAGUUCGUGGACGGAACUCACGUCAAGGCCAAGAGACCGAACCCAGUCAGGCCCAAUUUGCACAGCGAGCUCUAAUCACGUCGUGCGACCGUCGUGCGAUCACAAAGUCGGAUGUCGUAGGAUAGUCUUGCAUGUGUCGUACAAAUUCAAUUUUCCUGUUACGGGAAAGAUUGACUUAGAUCCUUGUCGGCGGUUGGUUCUGUCACAGUCUGCUUGAUAAUCCUACAACAUUAAAAUCGUACGACGACCCCACGACAAAAAGACCACGCCUUUACCAAUGGUGUCUUGCCAAUACUUGUAGUUGUCUGUAAUGGCAAUGUUUUUGCAAUUGUAAGGUUACUCAUAGCUGACCACUAUAUCCAUGCGACAAGGCUGUUGAAGUCAUAGCCGCAACAAAAUUUAUCAAAUCUUUGUAUGUUUAUAAUCUGCAGCACUGUAGAAAACGUUGUUCAGAGAUUUUCAAAAGAGAAAUGUGGAUAUAUUAGCCAUACGUUUUGAAUACCAAAUGUACAGAGAAGUUAGUACA